GAAGUAGAGAAGAAGCAGCUACUUCAGCAAAGCAAGGAUCGAAAAGAUGUUGGUAAAACAGAGGACAACGCGAUUCGGAUCUCAGUGAUGGCAGCAAUGAAGUCAAUGCCACACUUGAAGCCAAUGCUUUAUGCUAAUAACAAAGUCCUUGUCAAGAACUUCAAUGAUUGCUAUGAACAAGUCCUAGCCGAACUUGGCAAGACUCAGGAGUCUUGCCAAAGCUCUCAAGAAGGAAUGUACACAAAGAAAGAUUAUGACAAUAUGAUUCUUAAGAAGGAACGGCUCAUUCUGGAGAAGAAUGCAGAACUUUUUCCCGAAGGAAAAUGCAAAAUUGCUCUUGAAUUAUUUGACAAAUAUGAAUCUAUUAAAGCAGCCAAAAGAGAGCCAACCGUGAGUUUUAGAAAAGAUAUCCCGAUAAAGCCCAAGCAGUUUGCCAAAGCUGAGAAGCAGCAAUGAAGUGUCAAGAAGGGCAGCCAGAUUGUCAAGCAGAAGCAAAACCUUGGGUAUUUGUCAGAUAAGAACUUAUUCAGACACAAAGGCACGAAUAAAGUCGCAAAUAUUGAAACUCUAAUGGAAUCUAUCUCUUCCCUUUAUGCCAAUUUUCAAGACCAGGAUAUUGAGGAUGGAGAAGGAAGUAUUUUUGAUGAAAAAGCACAAGAUCUUGAGGCCCAGCCUAUCAAGAAUAUGGGAAAACAGGGUAGAGCGAAGGACUCUUCAAAGCUUAAGAAAGCUGCUUCAAAGCAGAAGAAGAUAAAGUGUAUACUUACAAAUUCUGUUCUACUCAAGUCAAAUGUGAACAAAGAACAAUGUGGCCAAAAAAAUCUCAGGUGAGAAUAAUGACAUUGCUACUGUUUCGGAUCUCCUUCUUAGCUCGCCAAGAGAUGCUUCCUUUGAGAU